AAAUCCGUCUAUUAAAAAUUCACGUCGUGCAUUUAUUUGGACUUAUUUUAUUUUAGCUAUCAAAAUAUUAUUAUGCAAGAAGCUAAACUAAAAACCUAAUCGAUCAAUUGGAAUAUGUGCAUGCGUGCGACGUCUUGUUUUUUUUAAAGUUCUGUGAUGGACAAUGCUCACUUUCAAAUAAAAUGUAGUACGAGAGAGAGAGACGAUAAAGCUCGUCCGCUAUGUGGAAAGUGACAUUUUGCUUGUUCCUAUCUUUGUGGACAACAAAUACUAUAUUAGGUGUAUCUGGUUGUAGCCUUCCAGUAGACUGGGACGGAGAAUAUCAUGAUAGUAGUGAUACAACACAAGACAUCACGUUCACUCAAUCAAGCAAUUACGUAGUAGGAUGGGGCCUUAAUGUGUAUUCCAGCACUAUUACGUCUUGGACUUGUAUAGAUGAAGACACGUCAAAUAACUUUCUUCUUUUCCAGUCAAAUCAAACAGCAGAUGUAUUUGGGGCGCCGCAUAAUGUAUUUCGUUGCAUAAAAUGGGAAAAAUUGACAGAUUAUUCUUAUUCGUAUUUAAUAUACGCAAAUAUUGAAAGUAAUGCACAAAGCAAACGAGUACUUGUUUUGACGACAAAUACCGUCGCUGACACCAGUUCAAGUUGUAGUCCAAGUAACGGUUCACCUUCUGCAAUUGAAACCGUUGUGUUAGUCAAAAAAGGAUACAUUGCGAAUGCUACACAGAAUUGUCCGUCGCCUUUCUUAGGGAGUUUCAACUAUUCUUUUAAUGAUGGGUCCACUACACACUGUGAUGGAACAAGUGUUUGGGAUGUCUGUUCCGAUCGAACACAAAUGGUUGUUAACUAUACAUUAUGUUCAACAACACAAUUUUACUCAACCGGCGGUGUUGCGUAUUGCGCCUAUUCGACGUCUGUAGGAAGUACUUACUACGUCACAGUGGUCAAUGCUGACAGUACUGUGGAUUUUACUACCAAAUUUCGAUUCACUUGUUAUGCUGUGAAGAGUUCUGGUGGACUUGUAUAUGCUAGUGACAGUAAAGGGGUGUGUAUAACGAAUCAGGACCCACAAACCAAAUCGGCGACAGGAACCGGAACAUUGACUUUCUCUGCUUAUAAAACAUGUCACGCCUUUACGUCAGAUUCAGCUCCAGAGAGUUCAAGUAGUAUAGGUCUGAUCGCUGGUGCUGUAGCAGGUGUCCUUGUUAUAGCAGUGGCUGUGGCGGUAGGGAUUGUGUUAUACAAGAAACAUAAAGCAAGGAUAAAACCAAAUGAACACAGCGAUGAAGAAAAGGUCCAACCCCCAGCAGAACCUUCGGUUACCCCAAGAGAUGCCACUGAGAUAGAGCCUCCAAAGGAACGGCCAAACAUACUUCCUCCUUUAGCCAAAUAACGUACUAGGAUAUCUCAUGACAUAGAGGUUCCCUAUGGGACCUCGUCACUUCUCCAAAGGAAGUGAGAUUCUAGCAACAAAUGAUUUUGUUGCCCACAUCUGUGAUAUUGUUGAUGAACAGAUUCCAGGAGUCUCCUACGCAUUCAUAUUUUGACAGCGAUUGACCUUAAUUUAUUCAUAUAUUAAGUUUGAAGGCCGACGAAUUCUUUUGUAAUAAUUCAAGUGUGUGUGUGGUAUUUUAUUAUACAUGUUUAUUUGGACAUCAAAUGAGAUUGCUAGUCUCAGUAUUUAUAUUAUUUGAUUUCUAUUGUAUAUCGCUGUUUUUAUGGGGUUUUUUCAUGAUCGUCUUUCAUUAAGUGUUGUGAUACUAAAUUAUUUUAUGAAGAUUAUUUUACGAUAUCAUAUCUUAGUUGUUGCAAUUUGCUCGACAAAACGUCAAAAUAUGUUUAGUCGAAUAAUUUUUGAAUGCACUUUGUCAAAUUGAUAAACAAAAAAUUAUA